AUGCGGUUUGGGAAGACCCUCCGCACUGCGGUGUACCCUCCUUGGAAAGGGAAGUACAUUGACUACGCUAGACUUAAGACACUGUUGAGAGAGCAUGAUGUCACUGGAGAGGAUGUUAGUGACUCGGACGACGAUCAAUGGACCGAGCAGGAUGAGGAGGCCUUUGUGCAGGAAUUACUUAAUGUACAGCUGGACAAAGUGAAUACCUUCCAGGCAGAGACCUCACAACAACUCCGAGAACGUACAACGGCCUGUGAGGCUAAAUUGCGACCAUUGGCACCCGCCCCGGAGCAGGAUGCCCCCGCGCUUGACGAUCAGAAGAAGAGAACAAUUGCCUCAGAGGUUCUUCAAGAGCUGGACAACAUCACAAAGGAAGUCAGUGCCUUGGAAAAAUACAGUCGGAUCAACUUUACAGGCUUCCUCAAGGCUGCAAAGAAACAUGACCGAAAGCGUGGAGCCCGAUACCGAGUGAAACCCUUGCUCCAAGUGCGACUGUCCCAGACACCUUUCAACUCGGAGGACUACUCUCCACUUGUUCAUCAGCUCUCGGUGAUGUACUCUUUUGUUCGAGAGACAUUGAGUCAAGACAUCGUGCAACCAAAAGAGCCAGAGCGUGGAUUUGGUCGUGAUACAUACUCUUCCUACAAAUUCUGGGUCCACGAAGACAACGUAUUGGAAGUGAAGACUUACAUUCUGCGUCGUCUCCCUGUCCUUAUCUACAACCCCGGAACCUCCAAGGACCUCGAUACCCUGACUGAAGACCCAACGAUUACCUCCCUAUACUUUGACAACCCGCAAUUCGACCUCUACAACCAGAAGGUCGCACGAGCCCCCGAGGCCGGAUCUUUACGACUACGCUGGACGGGGUCGCUGAAAGACAAGCCUGCUGUGUUCUUGGAGAAGAAGAUCGUCACCGAUGACGACGAAAGCCGACAGGUCAAGAUUCAGCUCAAGAAUAAGCACGUCAAGGAAUUCUUGGACGGCGAAUACCGCUUUGAUAAGAAGGUCAAUCGUAUGGAGGAUUCUGAAAACGGAGAGUCAGCAGCUGCAGAAGCUUUGAAAAAGGAUAUUGAUGAGCUCCAAUCUUUCGUCAAGGAGAAUGACCUGCAGCCUAUGCUCCGUGCCAACUACACACGCACUGCAUUCCAAAUCCCCGGUGAUGAUCGCAUCCGCAUUUCUCUUGAUACAAACCUUGCUCUGAUUCGUGAGGAUUCUCUCGACAGCGAGCGUCCGUGUCGCGACCCAGCUGAGUGGCACCGCGCCGACUUGGAUGACGCCGACAUGACCUAUCCCUUCACCAAUAUCAGAACUGGAGAGAUCAACCGCUUCCCUCACGCUUUACUCGAGAUUCAGCUUCGGGGCAAGGCCCACAACACUGAGUGGGUUAACGACCUGAUGGUGUCCCAUCUGGUCAAGGAUGCUCCUCGUUUCUCCAAGUUUGUUCACGGUGUUGCUUUAUUGUUCGAGGACCACGUCAACAGUUUCCCCUUCUGGCUGAGUGGACUGGAAAAUGACAUCCGUCGUGAUCCCGAAACUGCAUUCCACGAAGAGCAAGAGAGAUUGGCACGACGAGCGGAAGAAGAUAUAGCAGUGGGUAGUUUUAUGGGCGCAGCAAACAGUCCAACUCGUGCACUUGUUGGCUCACCCUACCAUCACUCUUACGGAGGCUCUCCCUCUGUCGUACGGAGACAAUCAGCCAUCACCGAGCCUGCACCGCGACCCUCCCGCCCUUCGAUUCCUGAAGUGCAACCCCAACAACCCGAAUAUGAAGAUGAACCAGAAGAAGAGCCUCAAACACCUUCUCGCCUCGAGUCCAUCCUUCAGUCCGUGGGAUUGUCCCCGGAACGCUGGCUGGGACAGAGCCCUAUUUCUCUGCCUCCUGGCGUCCGACACCCUGGUAUCUGGAUCAAAGAUGCUGGCCCCGUUCGUGUGGAGAGCAAGGUCUGGCUUGCCAACCAGCGAACCUUUAUCAAAUGGCUUCACAUCAGUAUUCUGUUGUCGAGUCUGUCCCUUGGUCUUUACAACGCUGCUGGCAAACACAACAGGAUUGCCCAGACCCUGGCUGUGGUGUACACAUUCUUUGCUAUCUUCGCCGCAGGAUGGGGCUGGUACAUGUACGAGAGACGGGCACGACUCAUCCGUCAGCGAAGCGGCAAGGACCUGGAUAACAUGAUUGGACCUAUCGUCGUCUGCAUCGGUUUGGCCAUUGCUUUGGUCCUGAACUUUAUCUUCAAGUACACCUCAGCACUUGCGCAAAACGAUAACCCCCCGUCUGUCGGCGUGCCUGUUCACUCUAACUCGUCGGCUGUAUUUGACAGCAACUCAGGGGCUCAGUGGGCUAAUCAGGCCCAGCAGUGGUGCUUCGUAGGCUACCGCCGGCUAUCAAAGGCCAUAAUAGCUCACAGAGCCACAAACCCAGCAGAUACAUUCAGUCUGCACUGGAAAGCAUUCUACCUAAACCCAGCCAGCGCGCCCUACCCGGGCGUUAACAAGGCCGAGAUGUACGCUCAGAAAUUCGGCGCGGAGCGAAUGACCGCCAUUUUCUCGAGACUUGCGGCUGCGGGUGAAGGGGAUGGAAUCCAUUUCUCCUUUGGGGGGAAUACGGGGUCAACGCGGGAUUCGCAUCGACUGCUUUGGUAUGCUGGUCAGCAGGAGGCUAACAUGGAGAAGAAGGAGGAGGAGGAGGGUGUGGUUGGGGGAGUGCAGAGUCGAGUUGCAGAACAGUUGUUCCGGGCAUAUUUUGAGGAAGAGAAGAAUAUAACUGAUUUGAGGGUUUUGGUUGAGGCUGCUGUUGGGGCUGGCUUGGAUGGGGAUGCUGUUAAGAAGAUGUUGGAUGAGGAUGUUGGGGGUGAAGAAGUGGAUUUGGAGGCUAAGACUGCUGCUAGGAGGUUGGUUUCGGGUGUGCCUUAUAUCUCCGUGCAGGGCAAGUAUCAUGUUGAAGGUGCGGAUGAGCCUGAGGCCUUUUUAGAGAUCUUUGAGAAGAUCAAGCGGGAGGAGUAA